AAACAAACCAUGCGCGUUUGGGCAUGCCGCAUCAUGUGCAAACCGGAGUCAAAAGAAACCAUGCGCGCGCUCUCGGCGCGAGUGGUUCCUGACGCUGGCUUUCAUGGUGGAGCCUGCCAGCGCUGAGCCAUUGGGAUUGUGCAACUCGAGUACAUCCUGCGCUUUGCAGAGGGGGUGAGGGUCGCCCAUGCAGGGCUGUUGAUUCGACCCGCCGGGCCCAGGGCAGUAUAGUAAACUGGCAGCGGGGACGGAUGGCGACUUUACAGAAGAUGCUCGCCGGAAGAAGGCGGUCUGCAGCCAUUGUUUUAGGCGUAGCCGCCAGUGGGGGGUUGGUCUACUACCUUGCCAAAGAGAAGGCAGCACAGGCCAGGAGAGUUGCGAAGUUGAAAGCUGCUGUAAGCGAGGGUGGGGAGAAAGGGCUGGGAAAGCCACAUGCAUUGGGAUCAUCCAGCCGAAGGAAGGGUGGGGGCAGGCGGAAGGGGGGGAUUACAGCGGUGUCGUACCUGGGUGGCAUACUGCUUGCCCAGAUGGGCCGCAGGGGCAUGGGCAACCUGGUGAAACUGGUCGCUAUUGCAGUUCUCCGCACUGCCUUAAGCAACCGGCUAGCACGCGUCCAAGGGUUCCUUUUCAAGACGGCCUUUCUGAAGCAAGUGCCCCAGUUUGUGCGCCUCAUUACGGAGAACAUCAUUCUCUGCUUCUCCCAGUCGCUCAUCGACGCAACAACCCGGUAUCUGCGAGGCCGGCUGCAGCUGGCGUGGCGGCAGACCCUGACGGAGCGCAUCACGGGGGACUACUUCCAGAACAUGACGUACUACCGCAUGAGCCACGUGCACCAGGUGGUCACCAACCCCGAGCAGCGCUUCGCCAGCGACAUCCCCAAGUUCUGCACCGAGCUCAGCGACCUGCUCGUCGAAUGCAUUAACGCUGUCAUUGAUGGCUCCUUCUAUACCUACCGCCUCUGCUCUUACUCGGGCGUCAAAUACGCACUCGGCAUCUUGGGCUAUGUACUGGGCGCAGGCCUGAUCACGGGUGGUUUAUCUCCUCCGUUCGGAAAGCUGAUGGGCGAGGAGCAACAGCUGGAGGGCGACUACAGGCACCUGCACGCACGCUUACGCACGCACUCGGAAAGCAUCGCAUUCUAUGGGGGGCAGGACAGGGAGGCUUCUACUAUAAGCGCGCGCUUCCGGCAACUGAUUCGGCACCACUCGGCGGUGCUGCACACGCAGUGGUGGUUCGGCUGCAUCCAGGACUUCGUGCUCAAGUACUGCGGGGCCACGUGGGCGGUGGUGCUCAUUAUCGGGCCGUUCUUCGGAGGCAAUCUACGGCCCAGCAGCGACACGCUGGGCCGCGCCGAGAUGCUGAGCAACAUGCGGUACCACACCAGCGUCGUCAUCUCGCUGUUCGGGGCGGUGGGCACGCUCGCGGGCAGCUCCCGCCGGCUCGCCAGGCUCAGUGGGUACGCUGACCGCAUCAAGGAGCUCAUGUCGGUGGCUCGGGAGCUGCGGCAGGCCGGGCAAGCGGAGCUGGAAGGGGCGGGCAGCAGAUUCGUGGAAGGGAACAGGAUCGCCUUCGAAGAUGUCAAGGUGGUCACCCCCGCGGGCACCGUUUUGGUGGAGGACCUAACACUAGACGUGGAGCCGGGGAGUAACCUGCUGAUCACGGGCCCCAACGGCAGCGGCAAGAGCAGCCUCUUCCGGGUCCUGGGGGGGCUCUGGCCGCUCGUCGCAGGCCGCAUCCACAAGCCGGGCAGCAAGGACGUUGACGGCCUCAGCAAAAACAUAUUCUACGUCCCGCAGCGGCCCUACACCGCAGUCGGCACGCUGCGGGACCAGCUGAUUUACCCGCUGACGGCGGCAGAGGAGGAGCAGCCGCUGAGUGCGCUGCGCAUGCAGGAGCUGCUGGCGAUGGUGGAUCUCGAGUACCUGCUCGGCCGCUACGGGCCGGACGAGGAGGUCAACUGGGGGGAGGAGCUGAGCUUGGGGGAGCAGCAGCGGCUGGGCAUGGCGCGGCUCUUCUACCACGAGCCCAUGUUUGCCAUCUUGGACGAGUGCACCAGCGCAGUCACGACCGACAUGGAGGAGCGCUUCUGCCACAAGGUCCGCGAGAUGGGCACCAGCUGCGUGACCAUCUCGCACCGCCCCGCGCUGGUCGCGUUCCACGACAUCGUGCUCGCGCUCGACGGGGAGGGCGGCUGGAGCGUGCACAACAAGAAGGACGGCGUCUCGCGCUCCUCCUCUACCGCAUCGCUUACCGGCAGCGGCCUCGCGUCGACGUCCCCCAAGCUAGCCGGCCUGGGAGCGGGCGACGACCUGGCGCUCUCGGACCGGAAAGCGGACGCCAAGAACAACCUCAAGGCGUUCUCGUUCAGAAAGCUGGAGGAAGAAGAGGAAGUCGAGAAGAACUACCGCGGCCGUCUGCUGGCCUGCUCGCCCGCCCCCGACCCUCUGGCCCUGGUCCCGAUCGUCCCCGUUCCCAGAGCGGAGCCCCGGCCCACGUGGGCGCGGCUACGCACGCUGUUCCGCAUCCUGGUGCCACGUGUCCUGGACGGACAGGGCGCGCGCAUGGCGGCGCUGGCGGGGCUCGUGGUGGCGCGCACCGCGCUCAGCGACCGCAUCGCCAGCCUGAACGGGACGUCCGUCAAGAACGUGCUGCAGCAGGACCGCCGCGCCUUUGCGCGCCUCAUCGGGAUCAGCGUGUUGCAGAGCCUCGCGUCUGCUAUCGUCGCACCCUCGCUCAGGCACCUGACGAACAAGCUGGCGCUGGGGUGGCGGCGGCGUCUGACGGAGCACCUGUCCGGGUUCUACUUCCGCAACCUGGCGUUCUACAAGGCGACCCACUUAGUAGAGACGGUACCGGACGCGGACCAGCGGCUGACGGUGGACGUCGACAAGCUGUGCCAGGACCUGGCGGGCCUCGUCACGUCCAUGGUCAAGCCCGUUGUCGACAUCGCAUGGUUCACCGCGCGCAUGCACGCCCUCACCGGCCGCACCGGCGUUGGCCUCCUGUACGCGUACAUGAUCCUGGGCUUUGGUUUCCUGCGCGCCAUCACCCCCAACCUGGGCGCGCUCACCAGCAAGGAGCAGGCGCUGGAGGGCGCCUACCGCUUCCUGCACUCCCGCCUACGCACGCACGCUGAGUCGGUCGCCUUCUUCGGCGGCGGUGACAGGGAGAAGGCCAUGGUGCAGGGCCGGUUCAGCUCGUUGUUGUCGCACUCGCGCACGCUGCUGCGCGUGCGGUGGGCGUUUGGCGUGGUGGACGAGUUCGUGACGAAGCAGCUGCCGCACAACGUCACGUGGGGCCUCAGCCUGAUGUACGCGCUCGGGCACCCCGGCGACCGCGCCGACACCGCAGUGCAGGGGGCGCUCGCGCACGACCUGCGCUUUCUCGCCUCCGUCGUGUCGCACUCCUUCCUCGCCUUCGGGGACCUCCUCGAGCUCUACAGGCGGUUCCUGGAGCUGUCGGGCGGGGUGACCCGCGUGUCGGAGCUGCUGGAGCUGCUGCAGGAGGCGCAGCACGACGAGGAGGCGCCGCUCGCGCACGUGUCGCCCUCCCCCAGCGCGCUCGAGCUGAUCGAGGCGUCGCGCGGGCCCGCCCUCGAGAUGCUGUACGCCACGCGCGGCUCCCCAAAGGACGAGAUUGCCUUCACGCAAGUCGACGUCGUGACGCCCAACCGCAAGAUGCUCGCGCGCAAGCUCACGCUGCGGAUACGCCCCGGCAAUGCGGUCCUCGUCACGGGCCCCAACGGCAGCGGCAAGAGCAGCAUCUUCCGCGUGCUGGGCGGCCUGUGGCCGCUCGUGUCGGGGCGCAUCUCCAAGCCGGGUGUGAACGCGGCGACGGGGCUGAGCAAGGACAUCUUCUACGUGCCCCAGAAGCCGUACACCGCCGUCGGCACGCUGCGCGACCAGCUCAUCUACCCCCUCACCGCCGACGAGGCCGCGGCCGAAAUGCAGCAGGCCGAGGAGAGGCGCGGCGGCGGGGCCACCGCAGGCAGCCCGGUGGCGGCGCUGGACGAGCGGCUCCACGCGGUGCUGGAGGACGUGAAGCUGGCGUACCUGCUGCAGCGGGAGGGCGGCUGGGACGCGACCGCCAAUUGGGAGGACAUGCUCAGCCUCGGGGAGCAGCAGCGGCUCGGCAUGGCGCGGCUGUUUUUCCACCGGCCUAAGUUCGGCGUGCUGGACGAGUGCACCAACGCGACGAGCGUGGAGGUGGAGGAGUACCUGUACCGCACCGCGCAGACGCUCGGCAUCACCGUCAUCACCAUCUCACAGCGACCGGGUUUGAUUCCCUACCAUAGUAUGGAACUCCGGUUAGUAGAUGGUGCAGGAACUUGGGAACUGAGGACUAUCAACAAAUAGGGCGCAUUUUAUCUUUGGGCACGCGGUUGUCACCAAAUGUACAGCUGUGUGAAUUUGUCACAAUCAACAUUGUCAAGCUUAUGUACAUUGACUGAGAUCAACCUUGGCUUGGCCAUCGCAGCCGAUCGAGGCUUUGCUCUGCCAGCCUGCACCUGUCACGUUACACAUGUAAUCUGUGG